CGGCUAUAUAAGUGAGCACAGGCGCCGCCCCUACACCCCAGUCACUGAGCCGCCGCCGAGGACUCAGCUGCCUCCCCCUUGAGCCCCCUGCUUCCCGGCGAUCCGUCCCCCCCGCCCGCCUUCUCCCGCAGCCGCCUUCCGCAGGCCGUUUCCACCGAGGAAAAGGAAUCGUAUCGUAUGUCCGCUAUCCAGAACCUCCACUCUUUCGACCCCUUUGCUGAUGCAAGUAAGGGUGAUGACCUGCUUCCUGCCGGCACUGAGGAUUAUAUACAUAUAAGAAUCCAACAGAGGAACGGCAGGAAGACCCUUACCACUGUCCAAGGGAUCGCUGAUGAUUACGAUAAAAAGAAACUGGUGAAGGCGUUUAAGAAGAAAUUUGCCUGCAAUGGUACCGUCAUCGAGCAUCCAGAAUAUGGAGAAGUGAUCCAGCUCCAGGGUGACCAGCGCAAGAACAUCUGCCAGUUCCUGGUAGAGAUUGGACUGGCUAAGGACGACCAGCUGAAGGUUCAUGGGUUUUAAGUGCUUGUGGCUCAUUGAAGCUUAAGUGAGGAUUUCUUUGCAAUGAGUAGAAUGCCCCUUCAGUCCCUUGUCACAAGUUUAAAAACCUCACAGCUUGUAUAAUGUAAUCGUUGGGGUCCGCUUUCACUUGGACUAGUGUAACUCCUUCAUGCAAUAAACUGAAAAGAGCCAUGCCGUCUGGUCUGGAAGUCCCUCAUUUGAAAAGAGCAAACACAGCAGUGCCAUGACCACAGGCAGCCACGUCUGGUCAGGAGUGCCCUCCACAUGGUCCCCUCCCCUAGGAGAAGGUCCCCACCCCAGCAGCUGGGUGACCCAGGAGAGUGGGAUGAGGCCACAGCAUGGCUACACCAGUAGCAGGACCCCCUGGUAACCAACAACCCCAAGAGUGUAGCCCAACCAGGUGACCGUACUCUCCCUCCUGAGGUGACAUGCCCCACUGGCCACUGUCGUAUUUUGGACCAGACAUCCCAGCCAAGGGACAUCAUACCCCAGCACAAUUAAACUUCUGAUGAAGGAACAAACUGCCCGCAUGGCCCGUGUAGCUACCUGUAGAGCUCGUGGCCCACUCACAGCAGCUGCCCAAUGCCGUGUGAAGUGACGGGCACUUUGGUUUUCUUUGAUCCCUGUUGGUUUUGAUGUUCUGUAAUGUAUUUAAGCCCUAAUUUAAAUAAAACUUGUUUUCCGAA